AUGUACUCGAGGCUCAAUUUUGGAAUUGUGCAGAAUCACCUCUUAAGGUCUAGUCGAAGAUCCAGUGGCAAUGUACUUAAGAAGAAAGAAUCUGUAGGGAAAAGUUUACAACCUGGCAAUAUUUCACAUGGCUUCCUUUGCUCUGAAGUACAAUACAUAAAGGAGUAUAAUAUGACAGCAUAUUUUCUCACACAUGAAAAAACAAAGACUGAAUAUCUGCAUUUAGAAAGAGAUGACUCCAACAAUGUGUUCUCAGUUGGUUUCCGGACUACACCACUUGAUUCAAUGGGCACUCCACACAUAUUAGAGCAUACUGUUCUGUGUGGUUCAGAAAAAUACCCAGUGAGAGAUCCCUUUUUCAAAAUGCUUAAUAGGUCAUUGGCAACAUUUAUGAAUGCAUUAACCGGUCCUGAUUACACAUUCUACCCGUUUUCGUCACAAAAUGAGAUUGAUUAUAGGAACCUGCAAAAAGUGUAUCUAGAUGCAGUUUUUAAACCAAAUUUAUCCAGAGUUGAUUUUCUACAGGAAGGUUGGAGGUUAGAACACUCUAAAUUAGAAGAUAAGUCAUCUGAAAUGAUUUUCAAAGGUGUAGUCUACAAUGAAAUGAAGGGUGCCUUUUCAGAAACCAGUUCCCUCUUUGGUCAAAAAUUCAUAAACACUAUUCUACCACAGGGAACCUAUGGUUAUGUUUCUGGUGGAGAUCCAUUAUGUAUUCCUCACUUAACACAUGAGCAUUUGAAGAAAUUCCAUGCAACUCAUUAUCACCCUAGUAAUGCUAGAAUUUAUUCAUAUGGAAACUUUCCUCUUGAAGCCAAUCUAAAAUUUUUGAAUGAAGCAUAUUUGAGUGAGUAUCAGUACCUUGAUCCCAAGAAUACUAUAGUGGCACCACAAGAGAGGUGGAAAGCAGAGAAACGGUCAACAAUUGCAUGUAGAGUUGAUCAGUAUGGUGGACCUGUAGAAAAACAAAACCAAAUUGCAAUUGGUUAUGUAAUGUCUGAUAUAACAAACAUUUAUGAGACAUUCAUGCUCAAUGCACUUACUGAGCUAAUGAUAAUUGGACCUAAUUCAGCUUUCUACAAAAGCCUUAUUGAGAAGAAUAUAUCUGGAGGCUACAAUUCUUUGACUGGUUAUGAUAACCAGAUCAGAGAUACUCUCUUUGUAGUUGGUUUAAGAGAUGUUGAGCAAUCAAAUUUUAAUUUGAUUGAAAAGAUUACUAAUCAGACAAUUGAACAAAUUUUCACAAAAGGAUUUGAAAAGGACCAUAUUGAAAGCGUAUUGCAUGGAUAUGAAUUAGCUAUAAAGCAUCAGUCACCUAAAUUCGGACUUAAUUUGCUGUUUAACCUAAUGCCACUAUGGAACCAUAAUGGUCCAAUUUUGAAUGCUUUAAAGGUUAAUCAAUUACUUGACAAACUAAAAGUAGACUUGAAAAAUCAAACUUACAUAAAGAAUGUCAUAGAAAGUUACUUUUUAAGUAACAAACAUAAAUUGAUUAUGACCAUGCAGCCUGAUCCCAAGUUUGAUGAUAACUUUAAUGAGGCAGAACAGAGGUUGCUAAAGAAAAAAGUGGAGGCAUUAUCUGAGGACGAGAGAAACCAAGUUUACGAUGAUGGUUUAGAAUUAUCUAGAGCACAAAAGGAAGCACAGAAUAUUGAUGUAUUACCAUGUUUGAAAAUUGAGGAGAUAACCCACACCAAAACUGCACCUCAGCUAAAACAUACAGUUUCUGGAACUAUACCAGUACAAUUAUGUGAAGCAAAUACAAAUGGGGUGACCUAUUUUAAGGGAAUACUUGGAUCAGAAACUUUAAAUGAGAAGCAGAGGAAUUUGUUGCCAUUUUUCAACUAUGUCAUUGAUAAGUUUGAUACAAAGUCAUACAAUUUUAGAGAUUUUGAUAAAUAUGUAAGCAAAAGCACCUCAGGACUGAGUUUCCUUACUCAUAUCACAGAACAUAUUGAUCAGCAUGGGCAAUAUGAGCAGGGAGUGCUGUUUAGUAGCCAUUGUCUCGAUGAAAAUGUGCCUAAAAUGCUGGAUAUAUGGUCAGAGAUCUUCAACAAACCAAAUUUUUCAAAUGAGGAAAGAAUGACCAUGCUUUUAAAUAAUUACUGCUCAUCCCUAACUGGUGGAGUCAUAGAUAAUGGCCACACAUAUGCUAUGCAAGCUGCCCGAUCCUUGAUUUCCUCCGUUGAUGAAUGCAAAGAGAGUCUUUUAGGAUUACACCAUGUGAUAAAUAUGCAAGGCAUUCAAAAACAAUACACAAUUAAUGAAAUACAAAAAAUAGUUGAUGAGAUUGCUAAACUGAUACUCACGGGAUGUAAUUUAAGAACAGCAUUCCAUUAUUGUAACACAAACGAAAAUGUCUUAGAAUGUAUUGAUAAAUUUUGCACAAGCUUGUGCACGGUUGAGGAAAACAAAGAUGUAAAUCGUAUCAAUUGGGUAGAGUCCAAACAAAUGCCACAAGAGAACCAUGGAAUUCAUAUUGCUAUGAAUAUACCAAUAAAUUUCUGUGCAAAAGCAAUUCAAACCGUGUCUUACACUGACCCAGAUUAUCCAAAAUUGCGUGUGUUAUCAAAGUUCUUAACCUCUAAAUACCUUCAUCCUAUUGUGAGGGAACAAAACGGAGCAUAUGGAGGUGGUGCAGCAUUAACCAUAGAUGGAGUUUUUAAUUAUUAUUCAUAUAGGGAUCCCAAUUCUCGAAAAACAUUGGAUGUGUUUGAUGGGACAUCUGAUUGGUUGGCAAAGAACACAAGUCUUAUUGAUGACCAAAAUCUAUUUGAAGCUAAGCUCUCAAUAUUGCAACAAAUGGAUCAACCAAUAGCUGAAUACAUGAAAGGCAUAGAUUUAUUCCUCUAUGGAUUAUCAUUUGAUAUUUGGCAGGCACAAAGGGAGAGAGUGUUGGCUGUGAAAAAGGAAGAUUUAAUAGAGGUGUGCCAAAAGUAUCUAGCACCAGAGAAAUGGGCUGGGAAAUGUGUGAUUGGUGAUGGCGCUUCCCAAGAAAUGCAGAAGAAUGAUGAAGUCUGGAAGAAGAUAAGCGGGCCACAGCAGUGA